GUCCACGUCCCAUUCGCAACCACACCACACCGCACCAACCACACCAACGAACGCCAAGAUGCUUCCAUCGAAUCCGUGGUCUUUCGCGUUCUGCUGCCUCCURGCCGCGACGCUCUGCUGCGAGACCGCCGUCUCGUUUGCGUGCCCACCGGUGGCGUCGCGACCCACAAAGCCCCCCGGGAUCCGUUCCCGCCACCGCGCGGCCGUUGCUCUCGGCGGAACGGCGGCGGGCAGCAGCAGCAGCAGCAGCGAAAGCAGCAGCGAAAGCCCUCCCGCUGCCCCGUGGUCCGAGGCCGAGGAAUGCCUCGGCGUGCUGCGGGACGCCAUCGACGGGAACCCGGCGGAGGCGGCGGGGGUCCUCCUGUCCAGGAUUUCCGGGGGAGACCGGGAGGCCCUCCUCGACGGGCUGCUGGCCUCCGGUCCGGACGCCCGCCUGCCGGCCUGGACGAGGCUCCGACCCCUGGCCCGGACCUCGGAGAGGGCCCGGAUGAGGGUCCUCCGCCGGACCCUCGACCGGAUCUCCCCCCCGGCGUCGGGCCCGGGGGAGGACACGGCCGAGCGGAGGACCGAGCGCAGGAGGCGCGCCCUCGUCUCGCUGCUCCGCUCGCUCUCCUCGGAGGAUAAGCCGGCAGGUCGCCGCCCCGCGAUCGUGGAACUGGAACAGAGAGCCGCCGGGGCCUCGAGGGAGUCCGCCACCGACCUGGUGUCCCGCAGGCCGGAGGGACUCGAAACCCCCGACUACGAAAUCCUCGCGUCGGGAAGGGAGGGAAAGGCCAGCGCCAGCGGCCUGCCCAGGAACCUGGAGAUCCGCCGCUACAAGCCCUACUCGGUCUGCGCCGUGGCCAUGGGCAGGCCCCGCCCGAGCGACCCCUCGAGGACCGACGCYAAACUCGGCGCGCCGGAGCUCAAGGGAGCGAGCUCGUUCGGGGCCCUGGCGGGCUACCUCUUCGGCAAGAACGACCGGUCCGCGGCGAUGAAGAUGACCACGCCCGUCUUUACCACCGGCGCACCGGUGGACGGCGGCAACGGCGACGGCGACGACCGGGAGAUGGAAUUCGUCCUGCCGUCGAGCUACUGGGGACCGCAAAACCUUUCCGGUGCCCCCGUGCCGCUCGAGGGAAGCGGCGUCGUGCUCAAAGAGAAGGGGGCCGAGGACCGGGCCGUUCUGAUGUUUGGCGGCUACGCCUCCAAGAAGGAAGCCGAGAAGCGCACGGCCGAGCUGCUAAGGGCGCUGUCGAAAAACGGCUGCGGGUGGAGCCCCGUCGGGGAGACGGAGAGCCUGGCCCAGUACAACGACCCCUUCACGGUGCCCUGGCGCCGCCUCAACGAGGUGUCCGUCCGGGUGGUGGAAGAGGGCGGCCGGUAAAAGCAGAGAAUGCACAGAGAGAGAGAGAGAGAGAGAGGGAGGGAACUAAAACUAGACACAAAUA